AUGGUGACACUUGGCAAGUUUAAGGAUCUGGAUGACUUUGUUCCAACCAUCAGCGACAGCGAGAACGAAGUCCCAGAUCUAGACGAUUCAGAGGACGAAAACACUUUCAAAGAUGACUCUAAAAACGAUGGAAUGAAAAAGAAGAGUCAGAGGCAGAAGCAAAAGUCGAACAAAGCGGCUACCGUUGACAUCGACGAAGAUGUCCAUGAAGAUCUGAAUCCCGGCUUCAAAUUCGAUCUCGGUGGUUCUGAAGUAUCGGCGGGUUUUGAUGGCUGGGCUUUCGAUGGCGACGCCAAAGCUGAUGAUUCGAAUAAAGACGUGGAUUUGGAUGGCAUUAUCAGACGGAAAGGUGGUCUCAUCAAAUUAGCAGGAACAGAAAAUAGUGACGGCGAGGCACAGAGUGAAGAAAAAGAAGAAGUAAAUGGGGAGAGAGAUGAGGAGAGUGAUGAUGAGGACUUGGCCUUGGAUGGUUUCGGAAUGGGUGCUACUGAAAAGGUAGGAGACGAUUCUGAAGACGAUCAAAGCAGAAGCGAAAGCGAAGAGGACAACCUCGAAGAAAAUUUAGAGGAACAGGCGGAAAUCGCAGGUACUGAAGGCGAAGUUGAUGACACAGAAGAAGCCAAGGCCGAAUUCUAUGCUCCCGAUGAGGAGAGCUCCGAGGCCAGAAAGACGGUUCACAGGAACUUCAACUCUCUUUCACUGUCUCGUCCUGUGCUAAAGGGUUUGGGCGCUCUAAACUAUGUCAAGCCUUCCCCUAUCCAAAGUGCCACCAUUCCUAUCGCCCUAUUAGGUAAAGACAUUAUUGCUGGUGCUGUGACUGGUUCCGGUAAGACAGCCGCAUAUAUGAUUCCCAUCAUCGAGCGGUUGUUAUACAAGCCCGCGCAGAUUUCAUCUACUCGUGUGAUUGUUCUGACUCCAACUCGUGAACUAGCCAUUCAGGUCUCAGAUGUUGGCCGCAAACUAUCCAAGUUCGUUAGCAAUAUUUCAUACGGACUAGCGGUGGGUGGUUUGAACCUAAGACAACAGGAGCAGAACUUGAGAUCUCGUCCCGAUGUAGUCAUCGCGACUCCUGGUCGUCUUAUUGACCAUAUCAGAAACUCCGCCAGUUUUAAUGUCGAGUCCGUCGAGGUAUUAGUUAUCGAUGAGGCCGAUCGUAUGUUGGAAGAGGGAUUUCAUGAUGAACUUACCGAGAUCAUGUCACUUAUUCCAAGCAAGCGUCAAACCUUACUAUUUUCUGCCACCAUGAAUGCAAAAAUCAACCAACUAAUAUCCUUGUCGCUGAAGAAGCCAGUCAAAAUUAUGAUAGACCCGCCAAGACAAGUGGCAUCACAGCUGACGCAGGAAUUUGUUCGUAUCCGUAAAAGAGAAGAUCUGAAGCCAGCACUUCUAUUCCAUUUGAUCAAAAAGCUAGACGAUUACGGGCAAAAAAGGAUCGUUGUAUUCGUGGCAAGGAAAGAAAUGGCUCACAAGUUAAGAAUCAUACUUGGUCUGUUGGGUAUGAAGGUGGCCGAGCUACAUGGCUCUUUAUCCCAGGAACAACGUCUCCAAGCCGUGAACGGGUUUAAAACACUUGAAGUACCGGUGCUAAUAUGUACAGAUUUGGCUUCCAGAGGUUUGGAUAUUCCAAAGAUCGAAUUUGUUAUCAACUUCGACAUGCCAAAGACGUACGAAAUCUACCUUCAUAGAGUUGGUCGUACUGCUAGAGCUGGCAGGGAAGGCCGUUCCAUUACUUUUGUAGGUGAAUCGUCUCAAGACAGAAAUGUGGUCAAAGGUGCUAUAAAGUCGGCAGAAGAGAAUAACAAGCAAGAUACCGUGGUGGGGCGAAUGGUUGACUGGUCUCGAGUCGAAGAAAUUAACGGACUGAUUUCCAACAAAGAAGAAGUGAUUGGCGAAAUUCUAGAAGAGGAGAAAGAGGAAAAGGACAUUCUGAGGGUAGAAAUGCAAGUGCGUAAGAGCGAAAACUUGUUGAAGCAUAAAACUGAGAUUUCUUCAAGGCCUAGAAGGACCUGGUUUCAAUCCGAAGCGGAGAAGAAAAAUUCUAAAAUUAUGAAUACAUUAUCAAAGAACAAGAAGGAGGUAAACAGCAAGAAGAGAAAAAGGAUGGAAGCCACUGAAGAUCGUUCUCGCUCCUAUAAAAAGACUAAAAAGGAUCGCAGCACGGAUCAACAGAGAACAUACGCCAAGCAAAAGGCAAAAGUAGAUGCCAAGAAGAAAAAGAAGGCCAGAAAAUGA